CUACAGGGACAUCCCAUGGGCGCUGGCUGGAGCAGCAGUUACGCUUGAGGCAUUAAACCACUACGAUUCAGACAAGACAAUGCCUUCCCAAGUUGGUGAUUUGUUUCCAAAUGUUGACCUCUGGGUUUUGGAGCCUGCACACUCCGACAAUAAACCUCGUCAACCAGUUUCUGUUCGCUCCUGGCAACUUGUUAAAGGCAAACGGCGCGUAAUUUUCGUGGGCAUUCCAGGACCGUUCACGCCUGGGUGCUCAAAAAGCCACGUCCCCGGUUUCAUCGAGACAGCCCUCCGCUUGCAAGCCAAGGGCAUAGAUGACAUAUACGUGAUCAGCACCGCGGACGCAUUUGUCAUGGACGCCUUUGCCAGAACCUUGGGGACUGACAAGCAAAGGCAACCUCUCGCGAUUACAUUUUUGGCGGAUGGGAACCAUGCUCUUACGAAAGCAUUGGAUAUGGAGCUGGAUGGAUCAGCGCGCGGGAUGGGCAUGCGAAUGCAACGUUUCGCUAUGGUAGUGAACGGCGAUGGUGUCAUUGAGGACUUGCUGGUGGAUCCCUCGGGCCAUAUUAAAUUUUCACGGGCGGAAAAUGUUUUGAGUCGUCUGUGAAUGAACUGAGAGAAACAUUCGACAUGGGAAAUAAGCACGCUUCGUUCUGAAGUGUGGCUUCUGCGCUUUGAUCAUAUUAACGAGUACUGGUUGAUUUUACUUUGGUACUGGAACAGAAGGCUCUUUCGAAAGGCUUGUGCAAUAUCAAUUAAACACGCAUAAUAAGCAACGUGAAUGUUAAGGAAGCUAUGUCAAACUUGGAA